GUGUGUGUGUGUGUGUGUGUGUGUGUGUGUGUGUGUGUGUGUGUGUGUGUGUGCGUGCGUGCGUGUGCAUGUGUAAGCCAGAGAGUUGCUGCGUAUGCUUCAUAAACCUUUAUUACAAUUUCAAUUUUCUUUAUUGUUUAUUUACUCAGGCAAUGUUGUGAACCAAUGCAAAAAAUUUAAGUGCAGUACAAAAUAAAGUUGAGAAAAGGAUAACCAGAAUGUGUAUCCCUGUGUUCCUUCUAAACUGACUUAAUCGUCAGAAUAUAGAACAAUGAUGUGGGGACAAAUAUUUCACUUUCAUAACACAAACCCUUAGACUUUGGUGCAUUUUCCUGGAUAGUGUAUAAAUUAAGGGAGGGAAGCAUAAUCCAGAUUAGUUCAUCGAGGCUAUAAUUUAACUCAUAAAGAGUCCAAGAUGUGACUUCAAAUGAACAAGACUAUAGGCCUGUGUAGUUAUUUUUCAACUCUAAAAAUGUAAGAUAUGGAUUAACACCAUACUAUAGGACAGGUCAAAGGGAUUUUGAAAGAUACCCUACAUUUCAAUAGUAUUUUCAAACUGGGAAAAUGGGGAAAUGAAAUGACCGAAUGUGAGAAAAUCCAUUCAACGUUUUCAACCAAUCACAGCUCUGAUGAGGUUGCCAAGUACCUACAGCAUAAACAGGAAGUAUGUCCAACAGUUUGAUUCGGAAUGCUUGGGGAGAUCACGAAUGUUUACAAAGAUAAAGAAAAAAGGUUUGCUUGUGUGCAGUGUGAGAGCAAUGAGGCUGCUAUGGCCAUGAAGUGAAGAGGGAUAUGGCCAUGAACCCUGUGACUCCUGGUGACUCCCCUGCUCAGAGUGAUGUCUCUCUCUUGUCCUCUCCGGGCUCCAUGGGCUCAGCUGGGGCCAGCGAGGACGCAGAGAAACCAGAGGACCGGGUCAGAAUCAAAAGCAAGCUUGUGUCUGCAUGGAACAGUGUAAAAUAUGGCUGGUCUUUUAAGUCAAAGUCCCACUUCAAUAAGAGGUCACCUCUUGUCCUUCUGGGGCACUACUACUUGCUAAGCUACAGUGGAGAGAGGGAGGCUUUCCGACGGGCCUUUUCCUCCUUGCUAUGGCUGACCUAUCGCAAAGGCUUUCCCCAGCUGGCUGACUCCACCCUCACCAGUGACUGUGGCUGGGGCUGCAUGCUGCGCAGCGGGCAGAUGCUGCUGGCGCAGGGGUUGCUCCUUCACCUGCUUCCACCAGGAUGGACAUGGGCUGCCUCACACCAUGUCACCAAAGAUGACCUAGAGGUCCUGUCACCUCGGCCUUCCUCUAGCACAAGCGUGGCCUCAGCAGAAUGCCCCAGAGCCAGGACGAAGAGUAUGGGCUGCAGCCUGCUGGAGAGGGGUGGCAGUGGGAGUGAGGCCACCCACAGGAUGGUGGUGUCAUGGUUCGUUGACCAACCAGGUUGCCCAUUCGGCCUGCACCAGCUGGUGGAGAUGGGCAAGAGCCAUGGGAAGAAGGCUGGGGACUGGUACGGUCCUGCCACUGCUGCCCACAUCAUUCGGAACGCGGUGGCAGCAUCUGAGUUAUCUGAUCUGGUCGUGUAUGUGGCCCAGGACUGUACUGUGUACAAAGGGGACAUUGUGAGGCAGUGUGAGCGGCCCCAGCAUGAGGGCCCCAGGGGCCGUGGAGCUGCGUGGAGGUCCCUCAUCCUUCUGGUGCCUGUUCGGCUUGGGGGUGACGUCCUCAACCCAGCCUACACCGAGUGUGUCAAAAGACUUCUCGGGUUAGAGUGUUGCAUUGGAAUCAUCGGUGGCAAGCCCAAACACUCACUUUAUUUUGUCGGCUUCCAAGAUCAGCAGCUGGUGUACUUAGACCCCCACUACAGCCAGUCCGCAGUGGACAUCACCCAAGAGGACUUCCCCAUAGAGUCGUUUCACUGUAAGUCCGCUCGGAAGAUGGCGUUCAGCCGCAUGGACCCCAGCUGCACUGUGGGCUUCUAUGCCAGAGGCCAGCACGAGUUUGAGACGCUGUGUGCGCUGGUCAGUGCGGUCCUGAACUACGAUACAAACAAGUACCCAAUGUUUACCUUUGCGGAGGGCCAGCGGGCGGCCGAGGAGGACGACGCACGGAGUGAAAUGUCUCUCUUCUCUGAAGUUUGCAUCCUCAGCAGCAAGGCAAGCCACGCGAGCUUGUCAAGUGGCACGGAUGACUUUGUGUUACUAUGAGGACACACUACUUGCCACAGUAAACUGUCUAAGGACACCGGACUGAUACAAGCUGACACUGACACCAGCCCUGUCUGUAUACAAAAAUAAGAAGGAAAAAAAACAAAACAGUUACUCUGUGAAAGCUGUUUAUACUGAAGGUGCUCGUAGUAGCCUCUGUGAGCAAAGAAUGUUUACAUGGCCUUCCUGACUUGUUUGAUAAGCUUGGUGUAUGACGCACCGCUCUGAAUGUAAAACAAAAUCAGUGGUUUGCACUGUCACUACUACUGAGCAUACACUGACAUAGUUCUCAUAUGUGAUGUUUGGGUUCUGUUGCCAGCUUAUUCACUUACCUCCUUAAUGUUGAGGUCAGUGCCCGUCACAAAAUGUUGCACUCAUUCUGAAGUUGAAGUAUGUUUCGUUUUUUUAUUAUUAAUUAAUCUUUAAUUUUGGACCGACUCUAAAUGAGAAAAUGAAGGAAUAGAUGAAUAUCUGGCAGUCUUCCCUGGACAGAAAAUAUUCAUCUGUUGACAAAAUGUAACUAUCCUAAUACUCUAGACACUCUUGUUUAUUUUCUUGGUUGGUCGCUCUGUCAACACUGUUUGUGCUCACCUCUCUGUCCUUGGACGGUGGUCAGAGGCCUGAGCCUGUUAAGCUGCGGUGGUCUUUAAGGUCCCAGUAAGCCCGGCCCAUAUGGCCAUGUCUCUGUGGUGUCCUCAGCAGCUACCGUUUGUCUCAGGACCUCCAGACAAUCUGAUUCCUAUUACCUCGCAUAGAAAAUGUGUGCAUCCGUCGUCAUUUUAAUGCAUGGAGGUUAAUACACACGUUUAGCGUACUUGUAUGGUCUUUUUCACUGUCCCAAAGUCAAAAUCAUUUGGAACAUGAGUGAGGCUACUCUUAGGUUAUGUUUGUAUUGUGGGAUAUGUUUUGAUCUGUUUGGCAAGUGGCACUGCCCUUUUUCGUUCAUUUCUUUUAAUAGAUAUAUUUAUUCACCUCAGGGUUAUGUGAUUUAGGGCUUGGUGGGUUAUUUUUGAAAAUGAAAUGGAAAUAUUCAUGCAAAAUGAGGAUCAGGCUGUUAUUAAUAUUAGAUAUAUUUUUUUCAAAACCAAAACCAUUGUCCUGGGUUUGUACUGUUGUAUGAACUGAGCCAAAUAAGGUCAGAGUUCCUACCCGCUUCCUGUCAUGUGACUCAUCUUGAUAAUGAUGAUCAUGGCCAUUUAGCCUCUCACCAGACCUGAUGCCGGUAAUUGAGGCUUGUGUCUGUAAUUCCAUGAUUAAAGUAGGAAUCCUCUAUUAGACUAAGCAGGCAGUGAGUGAGUCUCCCAGAUCAUGUGGUAGGAUGUGCUUUUGGUGAAUGGGUUAAAUCUGGACUCCAUUCCACAGACCAUGUGAGAGGCACAUGGAGCUAGUAGAAUGCAAUCCUGCUGCUAACUUCAAAGAGCAGAAGGUUACCUCAGAUUCAUCGUGUGGCAGCAUCAGCAGCAUAUCUGUGUUUGGUUCUGGGUGCAUGGUUGUUUUAUCAGUAUGUAUUAUAUAUGUACCGUUUCCUUGUUAUCUAUACUGUUUUAUUUACAUAUUGUUCUCAUUACUUCUUGCGAAUCAAAAUUCUCUGGCAAUAUCAAAAUGGACAUAGACACUGUAUUUAUUAAAUUAAUGUAUCAUUUUAAAAUGAAA